AUGAAGUUCCUCGCUACCCUUUUCUUCGCCGCCGGCGUCGCGUCUUCAUCACUGGUCACUCGCGAUGUCGACACCAUCAAGAACAGCAUCCUCAAUAUCACAGACUACACACAGCAGCUGACAGACGCUCUGAUUUCGUACAACUCAACAGACCAGCUCCUGUCGCUCAACCAGGCCUCUGUCAACGCGAUUGAUGCCGUUAACAGCUCGAUUGCGAACUGCCAGGACACAAGCCUUUUGACCACUUUCACCGAAUCGUUGGCUCUAGCAGAGCCUACUGUCAACUUGGGCGAUGUUGUUGGAAAGUCGAUUGAUACCAUUAUUUCCCGCAAGAACUUCUUCGAUAUGAGCAGCCUGAGCCCUAUUAUUGCAAUGAGUCUUCAGACGCAAUACCAACUCGCUGUCCAAUUCUCCAACCUCGUCGCAACCAAAGUGCCUGCGGACACUAAGGAAGUCGCCAUCGCUCUAUCUCAGCCCAUCGUCUCAAACAUCAAACGAGGUCUUGAUGCUUACGGCGUACAACCAACUGGAACUGCCGCUGCUGGACUUGCCACACCCACAAAUGCUGCUCCAGGACCUGCUCGGACGGCAAUGAUCGGAUACGGUGCGGCGGCCGUGGCUGCGAUGAUGGUCGCUCUAUGA